AAAAAAAGGUCACCACUCCCCGCCUGAGUUCUGCUGUAGCAACCGUGAUAGAGGGGCUGCUCAUUGUUUGCAAAGCGCAAGGGUCGGGCACACUGGACUUGGAUGGAUUGGGAUUCUUAUCGCGAAUCUUUGAUAUCCGUUUCCCUUGCAACACCCGACUCGGCAACCUCACUUUCCUCCCUCCACCUUGCUUCCUCCUCACCAAGAUCGAAUCUGUUAGGGCUGUCUCACAUCUACCCCGCUUUCCCUAGCAGUGCCUAGCACCACGAGGAGUCUAACCCGAGACCUACCUCUCUCAUCUUCUCGUCGUCGAGAUUGGACCGCUGCCUCUUUUCUUUUUUCUUUUUUCUCCCAUCUACCCCUCGAUAUUGUCUGGUCGUUGGAAAUACUCCCGGUCACUUACAGCUUCUAUCGCCAAGUAACCCAACGUCACAAACCAACCAUCUUUUACCACAAUACUCCUCCAUCUCGUCCAGAGCUUCACUCAUACCCGUCGAAAUACCCUCAGACCCUUACUGUAAUUAUCACUCCCUUGUUGUCACCAAGAGAUAAUCAUCACGAACUGGUCUAGUCGAUGGUGUAAUUGGCCUCAGCUGGAUCUGAGGUUUUCAUGAUUCUUUGCUGAAUCGCAUUUCCACAGGGUGAGUCUAGUGUUUAUCAUGACUCAAACAAACAUGCGCCGCGCAAAUCAACAUGCCCGCAUCAAGCGGGAACCUGGUUUCCAGCAGCCCAUGCCGAACUCGGGCCUCGCCAGGAUUGACGAGGACGAUAACUCGACGGUGGCACACUCGGAAGUUGAGAGACGCAUGCAGCGGUCAGAUGCCCCUAGCGUGGACACCAGACUUGCACCUGGCGCGUCGGUCAUUGGCGACAUGGACGUCGACGGUGAAGACGAGGAUGAUGAAUGCAUGCUGAUGGAAGUGAAGACCAAGACCGAAGUCGUGGAGCAGGACCUUCCUACACCCCGGAGCUUCGUCAACAUGGAUCGGUCCUUUAUCGGCCCCGGCCAGGCACUCAAGGAUUUCGGCCAAGAGCUCAAGGAUAUCAACGAUGCCUUGGGCGAACUCCAAGCAAGAGGCAUUCAACAUGUCGUCAGCCUCCCAGAGCUUGUUCUCGUGGGCGAUCAAUCCUCCGGAAAGUCGAGUCUGAUGUCAGCCAUUGCUGGCCUCAGUCUUCCAAGAAGCAGUGGAACCUGCACGAGAUGCCCAAUCCAUAUCCGCAUUUCCCGUGCCGACGAAUGGUCAUGCCGUGUGUUCCUCAAGGAGGACUAUGCCUUUGUGCCGCGCAACCAUCCUAUCACUCUCCAGGAUGUCACCGAUCGCGACAGGUUCCCACCCUGGGUCAAGUUGGACCCAAGUCGACAGACUCGCAAGGAGUUCAAGACGAUUCGCGACCGCUUCGAUGCCGAGGAAAUUGAGACCCUCCUCCGUUGUGCUCAGGUUGCCAUCCUAAAUCCUAGCACGCCUUACCGCUUUUUCGUUCCCCGUCUCAAGAAUGAGAGUGGGCAAUCUGACGCCGCUCGCCGCGAGCAUCUCGAUCGAAUCAAAGAGAAGGAGGCACACGGCGAAGCCCAAUUUUCACCCAACACGGUCGCCCUCGAGGUCAAGGGUCCUGACCUUGCUGACUUGAAUUUCUACGAUCUACCGGGUGUCUUCAUCACUGCCAAGCGCCCCGAGGAUAGAUUCUUGGAGCGGGUUGUUCGCAACCUCACAUGCGAAUACAUUUCCCGCCAGAAUGCCAUCAUCCUUUGGGCAGUGCCUAUGAACCAGGAUGCCGAGAACAGCUUCGCCUUCAAGCUGAUUCAAGAGAUGAACGCAGAGGAUCGAUGCGUUGGCGUCAUGACCAAGGCGGACCUUUUGCCUAGGGAGACCAACGGCUUUUCCUCUUGGCUCUCGAUGCUGAACGAACAGGCCCAUCGCACAGGUUUGGGCUACUUUAUUACUUCUCGCCAGGGUAGUGACUUGGACGAGCAGAACAAAUUUGAAGAGGCCUUCUUCAACAGGACUGCGGACUCAGCGACUAUGGGCCAGUGGCCCGAGAUUUUCGAGAAAUACCGUGAUAGGUGUGGUAUUGAAAAGUUGAAAGAGUUCUUGUCCAUCACUCUUGGCCGGGAAUUCUCCAAGGUUCUCCCCGAGGUCAAGCAAAAGGUGUACAACCGCCUUCUCAGGAUUGAGGAGCAGCUCGAAAAGUACCCUAAUCCGCCGCCGAAUCCUGAGAUGGAAAUCAUGCGCAGCUUGGCGGAAUUCGCGACCAACGUCAAGACCCGUGUGCUGCAGCAAGAGUUCAUGAGCCAGUGGGACUGUCUUUUUGCUGAGCCGUUCAAGAAGAGAAUUCUCGGCUGCAAACCGAAAUUCAAUGUCAAAGAGCCGGACGUGAUUACUAUCGACGAUAACAGCCCGAUGACCACUCCGGCUCCACUGGGACAAACCCCUAGAAAGAGGUCCAUGGCACAGGAUAUCGCUAUGACGCCUUCUAAGCGCCGUGGCCAUAUCAAGGUCGAGGAUAGCGACCGCAUGGUCAUGUCUCCGUCGACAUCUGCCACCAUGCGGGGUACCCCAGGUCCCGGAAACUUCCCCUUCUCUCCCGGACUUGGCGGCGGACCCCCUCCUCGCUCCAAGAACCUGAUGGAGCUUCGCACGAUCAUUAGACGGAGCGCCAUACCCGGCCAGCCCGGGCUUGUGUCGGCCUCCGUCUACGAGCCGCUUUACACCGAGGCAGCCAGAACCUGGGGUCCUCACCUCGAGAAUUUUGUGAACCAAACAAUACAGUUUCUACAGAACGAGGUCAUGAAGAUUCUGGAUAGCGCUUUCUCCAACCUCAAGAACCGGGCCGUUUACCGCGAGUCAGUCGAGCACAUGAAAUACUUUAUGGAGAAACAUAAAGAGGAGGUUCGUAACCAACUGAACCUCAUCUACAAUCUCGAGACACAACGCAUCUUCACGAAAGACGAAGAUGCGCUCCAACGCAACAAAGCGGCAGAAAAGCGCAUCCUAGAGCGCCACCGCCACUUCCUCCGCAUGGCGGUCCGAACCGGCGAAUCCCCAGCCAUUCGUAAGAUGGAGGAGCUGACGGAGGAGGAGCUGGUACAGGAGCAAGCCAAGAUGGCCAAGGAGCUCAAAGUCAUCGGUCCGGACCCCUACGACCAAGAGAUUACGGUCGCCGCCUAUGUGCGCGGCUACUACCUGACGGCAGCUAGCCGUUUCAUUGAUAUUGUCGCUAUUCACAUCAUGUCGGGCCUUUUACCGAGAGUCGCCUCCGUGAUCGACACCUACCUGCACGAGAAACUCGGUCUGUACAGCCGCACUUCUGGAUCGGGGCCGGAGAUCUUCAUGAGACUGAUGAGCGAGGGCCCCGAGACGGAGCGCAAGCGCGGAGAGCUGAGGGUCGAGAAGGAAAGGCUAGACCAGGCGAUGGAGAUUAUUGUCAAUUUGGAGAAUAAGGAGCAGAUGGCUACGGCUACGGCGGCUAAUUCGCAGGUGACGACACAGAUGAUGAGCCAGGGCGGUCAUGGUGGUCAGAGGCCCGAGUUGAGCAUUAGGACGAAUGCGAAUGGAGGGGUGGCGACGCCGGUGAGUGAGAGGGCGCCGACGCCUAUUGGGACCUAUGAGGCUUGAGAGGGAAGUCUAGAAAGUAUGUGGGAAAAAAUGUGCAAAGGAUGGAUCGAUGAAAAAAAAAACUACGGUGUUUGUACAGAUGGGAAGGAUUUGGUGUUUAUCUUGUUGUUAUUGGAGUUGAGGUGGGAUAUACCUUGCUAUACCUGUUGCUUUGUAUGAGUUUGCUUUGUGGUCUGAAGACCAGUGUGCUAUAAAUGGUCUAUGUUUAUAGACAGGAGAACGAGAGGAGUGUGGUUCCAAAUGGGUUCCCGUGGUAGCCUCGGACACGCGUCGAGGCCCUGGUUCAUAUCACUGGAUUGGAACUUGCCGGUGGGGAAGGACUAUAUAUCAGGCCCGGAAUUGAGGUCGUCACCUUGUAUCCCGCGAUUGCGGAGAGAGAAACCAUAACUGGCACAUGUCUCGGGUGGUGGGCAUACAAAGGCGUCGAUGUUUACGUAUCAGUUGCUGGACUGUCAACAUUCACAGGAGAUAAUUUGUCACGAGCCCGGGUCUUUUCGUGGGAGGGCACGAUUGUCGGGGCUACUUGCUAGACAGAUGAUAGCUUUUUUGACACUCAACAGCUUCACUUUAGGAAGUGUUGGGUACGAAGCAGACGGAUUGAGCUCAAGGUUGUCAAUGCAGAUCGGCAAUGAUGACCUUACAAUUCGAGACCUUUCCC